AGCCCCCUAUAUAGAUCACUUUUAAUAUAUAUUAAUACCUAUCGGCGUAGGAAUUCACAGUUGGCUUCUGAGACAUUAACGAAAAAUGAUCACUAAAGCAUUUGUUAUUGUGUCAUUCUGCGUGGCUGCUUCGCUCCAGUUGACAGAAUUUACGCCCUGCGAGAAUAAUGAACCAAUGCCUGAAAAUUUGAACGUCGUUAAUUGUGAUAUUGAACCGUGUCUAUUUUACAAAGGGUUUAAUGUCAAUGCAUACUGGGACUUUACAGCAGUUAAUUACACCACCUCAUUGAGACCAGAAGCUAAACUUACUGCCUUUGGAUUCAUAACCCUUCCGUACUCAAUUCCCGAAACGAAUUCUAUUAGCACUCUCGCAUAUAAUGAGAAAUUUCCCCUGCAAGCACUUGAUACCAGAACUUAUCAGCUGAGUAUGCCUGUGAUCGAUGCAGCGGUCCCGAAUGUUGAGUUUGUUGUUAAACUUUCGUUAUUUGAUAAUAAUAGAAAUGUUCUCAGUUGUUUCAAAGUCAGAGCAAAAGUUUUGAUCCCUUAAUACAUUUAUGAUCAAUUAUCAUCGCAAUGUUUUCCGAUCAAAUAUCAGGAAUAAUUAUUUUGUAUAACAUAUACUUGCUAAUUAAAUUGAUGGAAUAAAAGCUUGCAUAACUUU